AUGGCCUCAGAUCAGGUGACGGUCGCUGCUUUGAGUCGUCCCUUUGCUUUGGGGAUGCUCUACGAUGCAAGGAGAGAUAAACUGAACACAGAUUUCACUCUGUGGGACAGAGAAACAAUUAAAAGGUACAGCACUAGGCAGAAUCAGGCCAGCACCACCUACGAAAUUACUACAUCAGACUCCAUUGAGACCAAGUCUUCUCUGCUGGAUGUAGAUACAUAUUCUAAAACUAGUUGGUUGUGUGGACUGACUGAAAAGAGUGGGUCCUGCAGCUUUCUGAAUGACAACAAGAAGUUCAAGAACCAGAGCAGAGUGACGCUUCAGUUCAAAGCUACGACUGCAUUUGAACGGCUGGCAAUGACUCACCUUGAAGCAAAAACCACACAAAUACAAGACGUCAUUAAGAAAAGCAACGCAACACAUGUAGUCACAGGCAUCCAAUAUGGGGCACAUGCUUUCUUUGUGUUUGACAGCGAGAAGCUGGAGAGCAGCAGUGUUCAGGAGACGAAGGUCCACAUGCAGGCAGCAGUUAAGAUGAUCAUUGUAUAUAGUUCUGAGGCAAAGGUUGACGUCAAGCAGAGUAAAGAAGAAAAAGCUGUGACUGAUAAAUUCUCCUGCAAAUUCUAUGGAGACUUCAUUCUCGACAGCAACCCUUCAACAUUUGAAGAUGCAGUGAAGACCUACUCACAGCUUCCAAAGCUCCUUGGAGGAAAUGGAGAGAAAACAGUUCCUGUCAAAGUGUGGCUGACACCGCUGAAGAAACUGGACCCAACCGCUGAAGAGAUGAAGGGAGAGAUUUGUGUCGGGUUACUGAGGAAAGCUGAGAAUGCGCUAGAAAUCAUCAAAGAAAUGGAAAUGAGAUGCAAUGACUCUCUGGAUGAAGACGUGGUUCAGAGUUUUCCACAGAUUCACAUAAAGUUGAAGCGUUUCCAAAACCUCUGUGAAGAUAGUGGAAAAAAGCUGAGACAGGCUAUGAUGGAGACAUUCCCUUCCAUUCUUGAGGGUAAAGAAGACAGUUCACUGGAGAAACUCUUAGACGACCAGGAGAAGUCACCAUUCAGUCUGGAGAACUUAGACAAGUGGUUAGAUAAUACAGAGAGAGAAAUCAACGUCAUCAGGUCCUGUGUGGAAGCAAUGAAGGGGAUAAAAAUCACUAAAGAUGAGUCUGAGUUCGACAGAGCGGUUCUUGCUCAGGAUGUAGACGAUGUCCUGAGCUUUGUUUUCACCUCUGUGGAAACCGACGACCCCUACCUGGACCAGAUGUACAAAUACUUGCGUUGUCAUGACAGUUUCACUCCACCAACAAAAGACCACUGGUUCUUCUCAGCUGAAGUGGUAGCCAACCUGAGACAGAAAGCUGAAGAGUUCUACAGCAUCGCCAAAGGCCUGAAGAGCAGCAGCAGGUUUAGCUUCAUUGUGGCAUCAGAAACAAAUAAGAAAUACAAAGGAGCAACCAUCUACCACUACAGGAAGGGCCGUCGGGUCACUGAAGAGUUUUCAAAGCCUGCUGUCCCUGAUGUGGAAAACAUUAAAGACAGACAAAAUCUAAUCUGGUACGCCUGUGAUCUCACCUUGGACCCAAACACUGCAAACAACUACCUGAUUCUGUCUGAGGGCAACAAGAAGGCAACGUGUGGAGCAUGGCAGACGUAUUCUGAUUGUCCUGAGAGGUUUGAUACAAAGACUCAGGUUUUGUGCAGGGAGGGGCUGACUGGGCGCCAUUACUGGGAAGUGGAGUGGAGUGCUGGUUCUAGUAAUAACGUUGGUGUAGCUGUUACGUACCAAAGCAUUGUAAGGAAGGGGAAGAGUGACGAUGCAGGGCUCGGUUCUAAUACCAAAUCCUGGUAUUUUGGUGUGUACGAGCAAGAGCUCAGUGCUUGGCAUAAUGGUAAAGUGUGGAGCGAAAGUCUUCCCAGUACCGGCUGCAGCAAAGUCGGAGUGUUUCUUGACUGGCCUGCUGGCACUCUGUCUUUCUACAAAGUCUCCCAUAACACACUGAGUCACUUCUACACCUUCCGCACCACCUUCACAGAGGCUGUGUACCCAGGCCUCUAUGUCUAUUACAAAACCAACUCUGCUGCCCUACGCCCAGUUUAA